AUGCAAAACAAAGGUGUAAAUUCAAGAAAAAAUUCAGAACCCAAGACAACCAAAGAUACAAAAUUACCUUGGAAUCCUAACUUUGACCUUCAAAUGCUGCCUCUUAGUCUGCGGUCUUGUCUCAGAGGAGAUAUGAAUUACAAGAUUAUAUAUCAGGAUGAAUCAACUUCAGGCAACAACAAAAACCAAAUGUUUAAAUAAACCCUCCCAUGAUAAGAGGAAUACUAACGACACAGCUAAUAUAACAUAUAAGUUAUAUAAGAAGAAACCUGAGUAUCAACAGUACAAGCAUGAUAUUCCUCUCAAAAUGUACAGGAAAGUUCUCGAAGGAAACUUUAUCAUUAAUAAAGAUAAUUUAAAAGAUCUUGAAGCAGAAAAUAGUAAUAUUAGAAGAAGUCAACAACCAAGAAUUACAGAUAGCUUAUUGGAACCCAUUGCGAAGACAUCAAAAUAAGAACUUUCUUAGAAUAGACUACAAUCACAAAAAGUUCAAAAACUAUGACCCAAUACUCCAAAGCCUCAAUCGAACUGAGAGCUCUCUAACUAGACCUCCCUUCUCUCUAGCCACAACCUACAACGACUCUCUUAUCUCCCAAAAGUUUGGCCAGCCCUCUUUCAACUACUCUCAAAGAGGUAGAAAUCAUACAUCUCACAGACUAAGUUUUCAAAAUCCCAUGGAAAGUUUACCUCAACACACCUCCUUUCAGAUAAAAACUCAGGACCAGUCACUUAGGCCAAGACAUCGUAGUUUGGAAAAUAAAGCAAACUACUCUCCUCCUAAAGAAAUGAAUACCUUCCUUACAUCUAUGGAUCCGACAACUGAGCAAAAAUAGACCAGUCUCAAAGCCGAAAAAAAUGGCCAAAAACCAACGAAACAAAAAGAUUUUAGAGAGUUUAAAAAAAUCAAAAACUCUCUUAUCCUCACAGAACUCCCUCACAAGAUCUCAAAGAGUUAGAAAUGCUGACAGUUGUCUUAAAAAAUGCUCCAACUUGACAAUAAACAGAGCCAAGUUUAUAUCAGACGGAACACAGAAAAGAGUCACCCUCAACUUCAGUUUUCUCAACAAUAAUAGAAGGCAUGCAAGAAGAUAUGUAAACCCUAUGGAACUAGGCAAUAAGAAUGUGAUCACCAGGAGGUCACUUGAGCAGAGAACAAACUCUCAUAAUAAAGGAAAAUAUGAAGAUGAGCAUCCACUUUUUGGAGGAAGAACUAGCCCUAAAUAAAACUCUAAGAAAGAUUAAGAAGGAUGAAAAGACCGAAAAAUUAAAGAAAUUUAUGGAAGAUUUCAAUUCUGAAGAAAAAUGGAAUGAUAGUAUUGUUAAAAUAAUUGAUCAAAGAGAUACAAUUACUGAGUUUUUAAACUCGAGUAAGCUAUCAAAUUCGAAGGAGGUUUCUAAGCAUUUCAAGAAUGAGAUCCAAUUUUUUUAGGAAAAAGAACCACCCCAUCAAAAUUAAUAACAAAUAAGGCAUUCAGUGAUUACUAUGAGCAAUGAACUAGUGAGUAUAAUCCAGCCUUGAGGAUAUUAACUCACAUCAACAAGAAUGCUUUAUCUCUCUGUGAUUAUCUCAUUAACAUGGGGAAUGCAAAAGCCUUUAAGAACACAUGAAUCCAAUCACCCUUAAAAAUAAAGAGAAUAUAUCUGGUCAAUAAUUGAAUGUCAGAUUCUAUCCUCAAGAAAAUUUUAGAAGGAGCUCUUCAUUUAAAGGAUCUUCAUACUCUUGUAAUAGGAAGAAACGAAGUAGGAAAAGAAUCAUUAGAAAUAAUUCUGGAAUUGCUACCAAAAUUAAAUGAACUCAGAUUGAAUCAGUUAAAAUACCAUCCUUCUGUGCUUGAUUCUGUAAUUUCUCAGAUUCAUAGCAAAUAAAAUAUCUCUUAAGAAAUUGAGUCUUCGGUCCAAUAAUUUAUAGACAAUAAAACUGUAGAAAUUCUUUGAAAAAUGCUGAAAUCAAACAAAUCUCUAACUCAUUUCGAUGUUGCCUCAAACAAGAUGUUGACUCACAAGAAUCUAAAGAUAUUUUCUGCUCUUGAGAAGGCAAGUGAGAUACAAGACUUCAAUAUUAGUUGAAACUCUCUCCCUGAUUUCAAUAUCUUCAAGUUUAGACCUAUUUCUGUGUUUCUCAGUAGUGGACCAAUUAAAAUUAAGGCAAGCCAAUUUAAUCCUUCUGGUGUUACUAAUUCCAACCUAAUUCAUCUCAAUAUGUCUUAUAUGAACCUGAGCUUUGAAUGAGGAGCUUUUCUUCUAAAAUGAGUAUCAAGAUCCGAAUCCCUACUCUCAGUACAUCUAAGUGGCAAUGAAGAGCUUCUAAAGAAUCGGGAUAAGCUAAACUAAAAUUCUGGAUAUAAAGAAAGAUUAUGAUCUUUU